GCUGUUUUUCGAUCAUGAGCAGCGGCAGCUCGAAAGAGAUUGCGCCCAACUUGGAGGGAUGCAAGUUCUGGUUGCGCCACGAAGUGAGCAGCGAGGACACCAUGGUGCACUUGGCAUCGAAAUACGGGACAACGAUUGGACAGCUCUGUCGCGCUAAUCGCAUGCAUUGCCAGGACGUAAUUCAGAUGCGUCGACAUAUUUGGCUUCCACUCGUUCAGCGGGAGAAUCGUAGGCAACAACAAUCGCCGUUGCAGAGUUUGCCAAUUGGAAUUGAAGUGCUUAAAGCUUAUGCAAAAGUUGUGACUUUGCCACCACACUUUUAUCGCCAGAGUACCCCCAAUGUGGAUGACUUUGCUGGGGAGUGCGAUCCGCUUUUGAUCACCACGAAGUGCAUGUGAAGCAAUCACAAUAAAGUACCUGAAUCUGCGAGCACAAUUUAAUUAGCGACCACAUCGGGAGGUAGCAGUUACCUACCCUCCCUUUUCCAUUAUUCCCCCUCUCUCGCUCUCUCUCUUUUCGAUCCUGUGCUGCAUUUGCUGCGUCACAUCCUGUCUGGGUCGCUGCCUUCAUGUGCCUGCUGAGGACAAAGCGAAGCAAAAAGCAGUUUUAUCAGCCAAGCGAAAUUGUGGGCGGCAUUUCAAUUAUCGUUACAUUAUGCUCUUCCUCAGGCACUCGCACAAUUCGCAUUAGCUUUGCAGGCACCUGUGAACUCAAAAGAAAAUGGAGUAAAAGUCUGCUUAAAUUCCAAAUUAUAGACGGAAAUUGUGACAAAGUCUACAGUUAAAAUUAAAGUUACAUAAAACUAUGAUAAU